AUGGAAUCGAAAUACGCCAAUAUAGUUGCCAUGUUGUUCUCGAAAUUCGUUCGACUCAGACCUGGAUGCGACGGGGCAAAACUUAUCAGCGAGGACGAAUUCAAGCAAAGAUUGCUGGAUUUAUCUGACAAGUUCAACACUUUAAGGGAUAAAAUACCGUGUAAUCGUUUGAACGAGUGGCGCAUACAUACGUCAUUUACGAAUCCGUUGCGUUCAUUUAUCCGUGAACAGUCCAGGAACGCUCGGCAUGUUGAGUAUUCGACGCAGGCAUUUUUCAAAUUCUAUGAAAUUCUCACUCGCUUUUCGAAUCUUUGCUUUCCUGUCGAAGAUAGUGAAAGCUGCUUCAAGACUCUUCAUUUAUGCGAAUCACCUGGUGCCUUCAUCUGUGCAUUGAACACAUUUUUGGCUUUGAAGAAACCAAACUUGAUGUGGCUAUGGAAUGCAAACAGGUACGUUUUCACAUCAUAG